UUUUAACACACCGUUGCUGGCUUGGUAUGGUAGUUUGUAUUUCAUUGAAUCAUUGCUUGAUGAAGUAAUUUAUUACUUCUUAGUGCUUAUUCGUGUUAUCCACUGUACUUAGUGAAUUGUCGAAUCAAGUGACUAUAGAGAUUUGUAUUUUGUUUAGAUUUGUCUCGCUGUAGUUUCUUCCUUAAGAAAUUUCAAGUAAUAAAACAAAAGGAAAGGAUAGGCUAUAUUGGUUGAAGAUCCAAGUUCACUUUUAUUUAAGGAUUUUAUUGUUAGGAAUUUAACAAAGAUGUCGAGCACUUCACAGAAACAUCGCAACUUCGUGGUGGAGCCAAUGGGUGACAAGGCAGUCACUGAACUGGCUGGUGUUGGAGAAGUUUUGGGGAAAAGGCUUGAACAUCAGGGAUUCGACAAGGCAUAUGUUGUGCUUGGACAAUUCCUGGUGUUGAAGAAGAAUAAGGAGCUGUUCCAGGAUUGGAUGAAAGACACCUGCAGCGCCAACGCCAAGCAGUCAGCUGACUGUUAUCAAUGCCUCUCUGAUUGGUGUGACGAAUUCUUGUAGUUCCGUAUACAAUGCUUUUUAAUUUAUUUUCUGUUAAUAACAAUGAACUGCUGUAAUAUUCAUGUCUUUUGCCAAAUUAGUGGUGUAAAGAUAUACAUUUGUUAUGCAACAAAGAUGUAUAACAAUUCUAAUACGGUAAAAAAGCUUUUAUGUUAUCUCUAAGUUAAGUUAAUUGCAUAUUCUGUUAAGGUUGUUGACUAGGCUGUCCUUGGCCUUGAGCUCUUAUUUAAUAGUUACAUUAUUUGUACUUUCAACAUCUGAAGGCAUUGUAAGUAACAUUUUGUGUUAAAAGAUCCUUAAUUUUCACUAUACUGAAAUAUGACUGAAUAUAAGUUUGAUAGAGACACAUUGUUAUAUUUUAAAGUACACAAACUGGUUUGUAUCAUAAUAAUACAGUUUGAGAAUAACUGCAUCUUUUUGGCCAAGUAUGCAUUUAGCGUUCCUAAUUGUGUUUAUUUUUAAUAAGAUGAAGAAAUGUAUAAUAAGUUCUUAGAUUUAAAUAAGAGAAGCUCAUAGAAUUUUACAUUUUUAUAUGUUAGUAUUUAACGUUUUAAAUGAAUUUUGAAGAAUGGUUUGGUAAAUUAAAAGAUUCAGUGUUAAAAAUUUAAAAAUUUUGUAACUACGCACAUUUCAUUAGUGAAUUGAUUAUUGUAAAACCCAAAUAAAUAUGAAGAUAUAAAUUUAAGAUUGGCAUUUUUUGCACAGCAUGUUUUAAAAGUAAGUACAAUUAAGUUGACAGUGUUUGUUAAACAUUCAUUUUCAGAGUCCAUGAGCUUACUAUUUUUUUAACAAUAUAUUAAACUAAAAACUGUUUCACAUCUUUUACUAAUUAGUUUCCUGUAAAUAAUAAUAUUUGUAUAUUUAAAAAUAAAUAUUUUGGAAUCUGUUGCA